UCCCACAAACACACACUCACGAUUUUCAUGCUCUCACUCUUUUCCCUUUUUCCUCUUUAACUACGCAGUUCAACAUUUUUUUUUCUAUUUCGAUUCCUUCCAUUGCCUUCUGCUCGAAUUGAACAGAUAAUGAUUGGGGGUUGAAAGCUUCGGUGGCCAUUGUGUUCCAUACCAUCCGAACAACAGUACAAUACAAGUUUCAUAAAACAAUUGAAAAGUAAUAAAAUAACUGAAUGUUGAAGUGGCCUUUUGGGGUGCUUUGAAUUCGGGACAUGGUCUCGUUGUCAUUGAUGGAAAUGAAGAUUUAGAGAAAAAGCUGAGAAAAUGGGUUCCUUUACAGAGGAGGAGGCAAUGCAAGGCCCAACUGGCAGUGAUGAGAGGAUUCUGGUUUCUGUUCGUGUGAGACCUCUGAACGAAAAGGAGCUCGUAAGAAAUGAUCUGUCUGAAUGGGAAUGCAUCAAUGACACAACCAUCAUGUACAGGAGCAACCUUUCAGCCACAGAAAGGUCCCUGUAUCCAACAACCUAUACAUUUGAUCGAUUAUUCAGGAGUGACUGCCCCACAAGGCAGGUGUAUGAAGAAGCAGCUAAGGAAGUUGCUCUUUCAGGUCUCAGUGGCAUCAACUCAAGCAUUUUUGCAUAUGGACAAACAAGCAGCGGAAAAACAUACACCAUGAGUGGUGUAACAGAGUACGCAGUAGCAGAUGUUUUCAACUACAUAGAAAGGCACAAGGAAAGGGAAUUUGUUUUGAAGUUUUCAGCAUUGGAAAUCUAUAAUGAAUCUGUCAGGGACCUCCUUAGCGUUGACAGUACACCUCUCAGACUUCUUGAUGAUCCAGAGAAAGGGACAGUCGUUGAGAGGCUCACAGAGGAAACUUUAAGGGACUGGAACCAUUUUCAAGAACUUAUUUCAUUCUGUGAAGCUCAAAGGCAGAUAGGGGAGACGGCUCUGAAUGAAGUGAGCUCCAGAUCUCAUCAGAUUCUCAGGCUGACAAUUGAAAGUUCUGCACGUGAAUUUCUGGGAAAUGACAAAAUGAGCUCCCUCGCCGCUUCUGUGAAUUUUGUUGAUCUUGCUGGGAGUGAGCGCGCAUCCCAAACUAAUUCAGCUGGUACGAGGUUGAAAGAGGGUUGCCACAUAAAUCGUAGUUUACUGACUCUAGGAACUGUCAUCCGCAAACUAAGCAAGGGGAGAAAUGGACAUAUUCCUUUCAGAGAUUCAAAGCUAACCCGCAUAUUGCAGUCCUCAUUAGCAGGCAAUGCUAAAACUGCAAUCAUCUGCACCAUGAGCCCUGCAAGGAGCCAUGUUGAGCAAACCAGAAACACCCUUUUAUUUGCAAGUUGUGCUAAAGAAGUGACAACUAAUGCAAAAGUCAAUGUAGUGAUGUCUGAUAAGUUGUUGGUCAAACAACUGCAAAAAGAGUUGGCUAGACUGGAAGGUGAGUUGAAAAAUUCAGCGCCAACCCAUCUUAAAUCUGAUUCUGCAGCAUUGCUGAGGGAAAAAGACCUCCAAAUUGAGAUGUUAAAGAAAGAGAUAAUGGAUCUGACGAUGCAGCGGGACCUUGCUCAGUCUCAAAUAAAGGACAUGAUUCAAGUGGUUGGAGACGAUAUGUCCUCAAUGGAAUUGGAAAGUCUGGGAGGUCGUCAAUAUCCCAAAUUACGUGUCCGAAAUUCAUUUGACUUUGAUAAUCGAACAGCCGAAAGAUCAUAUUUGACAAGUUUUGACUGUAUAGAGAGUGUCAGAUCUUUUGAUGCAUCUCAGUAUUCAGACGGACAUAGUUUUAGUUCUGAUGAGAACUAUUUCCAACUCCCUGAUUUGGAAAAGAAUCUUCCCGUCAGGAUUGCUUCCCCUGGGCCUCCAUUUGUAAGUCUUGAUGCUGCACAUAAUGAUUUGGAUCAGAAAAGGGUUGAAGAACAACAUGAAGAUAAUUUAGGGGACCGUUGUAGGGAAGUUAGGUGCAUUGAGUCCGAGGACGUAAAUGCAAACACACAUACAAACUCAAAUCCAGAAGAUUUAAGUACAAGUUUAUACAUAGACUCUACUGCAUCAUCUCCGCGGGCAAAUACAGUCGUAUCUGGAUUAAUCGAAGUUGAUAAUAGAGACAAAGAAAAUCUAGAUUUGUGUUCACCUGUGUUAAAGGACAACAAAGAAAUAAUCCGCUUGCAAGAACGUCUUAUUCUUCCCUCUACAGAGAAAAUAUCUCCAUGGCUGGCACAAAACAGUGCACCUAGUUCUAGAACCUUGAAAUUAACCCGAAGCAGAAGUUGUAGAGCAAGUCUUAUGAGAGACUCAUCUUCAGAUUGGUUUGACCAGGAAGAAAUGACUCAGAACACACUCCUAACAGGAAUGGAAAAUGACUUCACCGGAAGACCCGAUGGCCGUCAAAGGAAGAGCUGUUGUACACUCAAUUAUAAUGGCAAUAAUGAGAGGUUAGAAUGGGCUGGUUAUGAGAAUUCUCUGGGAAGUUCUGCUGCUGAUGUACAAAAUAAGAAAUCGUCCACUGACAAUGAAAGUUGUAACAAUAAUUCAUUAGCACAUGGAGGAAAGGAAAAGAAUGAUCUUGAAAGUUCAAGUCCACAAGCGAACCCUGAGGUUCCAGAGGCAGUAAUGGAGUCCGAUGUUAAUGAAAAGAAGUCCAAAGAUGUUGGUGUGGACCCAUUGCAAUCGGAGGAAGAAAAACAGUUGGAAUGGUCUUCAAAAUUUAAGCAGCUGCAGAAAGAGAUAAUUGAACUCUGGCAUGCUUGUAAUGUUUCAUUGGUUCACAGGACUUACUUUUUCCUUCUAUUCAAAGGAGACCCGACAGAUUCUAUCUAUAUGGAAGUAGAGCUAAGAAGGUUGUCCUAUCUCAAGCAAACCUUUGCUCAGGGGAAUCAGACAGUGGAAGACGGACGUACCCUUACCCCUGAAUCAAGCAUGAAGUAUCUUAGAAGCGAGAGACAAAUGUUGAGCAGGGAAAUGGAGAGGAAGCUGACAAAAUCUGAAAGAGAGAACCUGUAUAUUAAAUGGGGGAUUCGUUUGAGUUCAAAGCAUAGAAGGUUGCAACUUGCCCACCUCUUAUGGUCAGAAACACAAGACAUGGUACACAUUAGAGAGAGUGCCAAUAUUGUUGCAAAGCUGGUUGGUUCAGUCGAGCCAGAUCAGGCUUUUAAGGAGAUGUUUGGGCUCAACUUUGCCCCACGCCGCACAAUUAGGAAAUCUUUUGGUUGGAAACAUCGAGUAUGAAGGUUGAUAGCCGAAUCAAAUUAUUUUAUAGGAAGUUUGAUGUGGCCAUGUAAAAAUUUCCCCUGGCUCCAUUUAACAUAGGACAUUUUUUUUCCUUGUAAAAACAACCAGAUCUCAAUUUUAUGUUUCUAGCCCUGAUUGCUACUUGAUUGUGAGGAGGUUUAUCAAGAUGCGCAGUUCCAAGGUUACAAAAUAUUAAAUAUUUAUUAGU